CAAUUGCAAGCACAAUCUAUUCACUCCCACCUCCAAUUCCAAGCUAUUCAAAUUUCAAAACAAGGAAAUGGAGUCACUACUUCCCAAGUCAAUCUACGGUGGCAUCAAGAGUUACUUGAGAAGGCGGCGCUACCGGCGUCUCCACGGCGGCGCCACCGUCGUUAGAAGGAAGAUGGCGAUCAUCCGCUUGAGAGGGCCACGUAGGUAUUGGAGGAUCAGAGCAGUUCCAAGGCUUAGAUGGGUGAUGAGAUCACCAUUGACGAUUUUGACAAAGCUCAAGAAUGCUUAUAUGAACUUUAUGUUGAAGCUGUCAGGGAACGUAGGUGCUAUGAACAGUGAUAACAUCUUUGAAGUGAAACGGAUUCCAAAGGCUCGUCAAGUGUCUAAGGGCUAUUCCCGUGAUGAAUUUGAGGCCAGGCUCAUUUUUGAGAUUUCUAAGACCUUGGUUGCUUCCUAUGAACUUCAUCCCAUGUAGUUGUGUUCUAUAUAUGUUAUUCAGUUAUCCUUCAACUUUUAAUUCUAUGUUUGAGAUUUUCUUUCAUUCAAUUGUAUACAUGGAAAUAAGAUUCAAACCAAAGUAACUGAUCAUUAGAAAAAAAGCGCAAAUUCAAUUUUCGUC